CCUCCGCGCUCCGCGAAAUUACAGGCGAAUUACGACUCCUCUCGCGAUAAUUUUACCGCUCCCGCCCCCACACUCGCGAGAUUUGGGGCGUUCCUAAGCUCCUCUCGCGAGGCUUCCUUCUCCGCCGCCAUUUUGCCGCUGCCGGGGUCAGCGGGACAGAGAGGGCAGCGCCGCAGCUGUGCCGACAAUGCUGUCCCGCCUGGGCCUGCGCGCCGCUCCGGCGGCGCUGAAGAGCCUGGCUCCCUCCCUCUCCGUGGGUGUAUUACAUGCGUCUAGACCAUUUCACACAGGUCAGCACUGCUUGGCUCCUUUACCACCUCUCCCUGAGAAAGGAGGGCAAGUUCGUCAUGGGUUGAUCCCAGAGGAAUUUUUCCAGUUCCUGUAUCCUAAAACAGGAGUCACAGGGCCCUAUGUGCUGGGGACAGGACUACUGUUCUACCUUCUCUCCAAGGAAAUCUAUAUAGUCAACCAUGAAACAAUUGCAGGUGCCUGCAUAGUGGGAGUCCUCAUCUAUAUAGUUAAAAAAUAUGGGGGUGAUGUAGCAGCUUUUGCUGAUAAGCUCAAUGAGGAGAAAGUUGCCAAAGCUUUAGCUGUGAAAAAUGAUUCAAUCAACCACCUGGAGUCAAUAAUUGAACAGGAAAAGAAGGAGCAAUGGAGGGUUGAAGGCCGCAGUUAUCUCUUUGAUGCCAAGCGAAAUAACAUUGCUAUGCUGCUAGAGACUAACUACCGAGAGAGGCUGCUCACUGUAUACAAUGAAGUGAAGAAGCGGCUAGACUAUCAAAUCGCUGUACAGCAGCUGACGCGUCGUAAGGAACAAGAUCACAUGAUCAACUGGAUAGAGAAAAACGUUGCCCAGAGCAUCACCGCUCAACAGGAGAAGGAGAGUAUUGCCAAGUGCAUCUCAGAUUUGAAGAUGUUAUCGAAGAGCCCACAGGCGGCAGUAUAACUGCACGACAUUGAAUUCCAGUCAGCUCUGUGUGGCAUCUGUGAUCUGCUGUUGGAAACUGUACAGCUGUAACUCUGUUAAAAUAAGUUCUGUACUCUCCCUGUCUAGUAGCACUGAACUAGUAGCAGUCCCAGAGUAUGUUUAUGGCAGUUAAUUCUGACAUGUGAACAGGGACCUAUGUACUUGUUCCAGUUUGUUUUUAUGCAGAAAUUAGGAUUCUGCAGGUGAAUAAAAACAUAACUCUUCCUUUGUUAAAGCCAAA